CUCGGCAGCUUGUAAGAAAGCGAGACAAAUGAAACCGUUGGUUUGUGCCCAAAUGACGGCGACCGAUACCGCCGUCUCUUUUGACCAAAUCGGCGGCGGCGAUCGCUCAUCAACGGAAAACAUCAAAUCGACGGCCUCUCUUUUCCGGCCGUCCUUCUUCCAAAACCAUUAAAUAUAAUUUGUUAACACAAAACACAAAGGCAGCAAAAUCAGUAGCAUAAGCAGCAAGCAAAGUAGCAAAACGACACUUCAUAUUCAAUUUCUUCACAUUCUCCAACCAUUUCCUGAGUCCUGUAGAAGCCACGUAGCUCCUCAGUAUUCGAAUCGAUUUUCGUUAUUUGUUUCAAUCCUGAGGAACCACGUGAAUCGAUCCCAGAAGAGAAAUUUAAAAGUCUACUCUGAAUCGCAACUCUUAAGGUCGCCGCUCGAAAACCAUUUCGUGAGUUCAUUUCUUUUUCGGAAGGGUGUUUUCCAUCCUGGUCUGGGGUUUUAAAAUAUCUGCAAGGUUUGAUUAUGGUCAUUAGAACUCUUGAAAGGAUCAAUCACACAGUUUUUCAAAAUGGGUCAAGAACUCUUUUCGAUGUCACGAAUCGGUACAAAAAGAGUGCUGUGGCUGAUGGGGCUUAUGUUUGCUAUGAUUUUGGCUUUCCAAUAUUUUGAGCUUCCAUAUGGGUUUUCUCUGUCUUCUUUACUUUCUGCUGGUAAGGUUUCGGUUAUCGAAGAAGGCAGCUCUCAAUCCCCUGUUGGUGAACCAAAAUUGAAGACUGAGAUUGUUGCUGAUUCCCCCCUUGAAGAACAAAGAGAUAAUGAAUUUGUACCAGAACAAGAUCAUACCCUGAAAGAGUCGUUAGAAUUGGACAUAGAUGGUGAUGGUAACAAUACUUCCUCAUCCGGAGAUUUAAUGGAGCAUGUUGAUGAGGAAUCUAUAUAUGGAGAUUUGCAAGGACAUAAUCAAAGCUUCGAUGGGAAAGACAAGUCUUUAGGAAAUGAUUCAAUGGGAAUAGAUGGGACGGAAAGCUAUGUUUCAACGUUAGGGUAUAAUAAUCACUCAGGUGAUAACUUUGCAACCUCACCUGCAGUUCCACCAACAAGUUCGUCUUCAUGGAUAGUGAGGGAUACAAGUAAUAUCGCUAUGAAUAUAUCGAGGGCCGAUAACUUUGCAGCAUUGCCUGCAGUUCCACCAAUUAGUUCAUCUUCAUUGAUAAUGGAGAAUACAAGUAAUAUUGCUUCGAAUACAUCAAGCCACGACGUGUUUGUUGGAUCAAAUGCUCCCAACACUUCUGAUAAACCUGAUAAGAGUGUGAAAACUGAGCAAUUGCACAGUGAUAGCAGUACAUCGAAAAACAAGUCAGUCUCUGAGGAGAAGAAAGUGCCUAAAGUACCUUUCUCAGGAGUAUAUACAAUAGCUGAUAUGGACAAUUUGUUGGUAGAAAGUCGGUCAAACAGUCCACUUGUACCAAGUUGGUCUUCAACUGCUGAUCAAGAACUGCUGCAAGCAAAAUUACAGAUAGAGAACGCACCCGUGAUAGAAAACGACCCAAAUCUUUACGCUCCUCUGUUUCGAAAUAUUUCUCUUUUCAAAAGGAGCUAUGAACUAAUGGAGAGUACUCUCAAAGUGUAUAUUUAUAGAGAAGGAGAGAGACCAAUAUUUCACCAGGGUCCGCUCCAGAGUAUCUAUGCUUCCGAGGGGUGGUUUAUGAAGAUACUAGAAUCGAACAAAAAAUUCGUUACAAAGAACCCAAGAAAAGCUCAUCUAUUUUACUUGCCGUUCAGCUCUCGACAAUUGGAAGAGGUCUUAUACGUGCGCGACUCACACAGCCAUAAGAACCUCAUACAACACCUCAAGAACUACUUGGACUUCAUUGCUGCAAAAUAUCCUUACUGGAACAGAACCGGAGGAGCCGAUCAUUUUCUCGUUGCAUGUCACGAUUGGGCGCCUGCAGAAACCAGGAAAUACAUGGCGAAGUGCAUAAGAGCUUUGUGCAACUCUGAUGUCAAAGAAGGUUUCGUUUUUGGCAAGGAUGUAUCCCUUCCCGAAACAUUUGUCCGCAUUGCUCGUAAUCCUCUAAGAGAUGUUGGUGGCAAUCCUUCAUCGAAGAGACCAAUCCUCGCCUUCUUUGCAGGAAGCAUGCACGGCUACUUACGGUCAAUUCUCCUAGAAUAUUGGGAAGGGAAAGAUCCCGACAUGAAAAUUUCUGGCCGGAUGCCAAAGGUCAAAGGUUCCAAGAACUACCUGUGGCACAUGAAGAACAGCAAAUACUGCAUCUGUGCCAAAGGUUACGAAGUGAACAGCCCCCGAGUCGUUGAAUCCAUAUUGUACGAAUGUGUUCCCGUGAUCAUUUCAGAUAACUUUGUGCCUCCGCUGUUUGAGGUUCUUAACUGGGAAUCGUUUGCGGUUUUCGUAGCAGAGAAAGACAUUCCGAAUCUGAAGAAAAUCCUCCUUUCAAUACCAGAGAAAAGGUAUAGGGAGAUGCAAAUGAGGGUGAAGAAGUUGCAGCCUCAUUUUCUAUGGCAUGCAAAGCCUCAAAAGUAUGAUAUGUUUCAUAUGAUAUUACACUCCAUUUGGUACAACAGACUAUACCAAAUAACACCAAAAAUGUGAUUUUUUCUUUCAUUCUUCUCUAAGAAGGUGUUGGGAAGUUUUAGUCUAAAUAUAAUUUCAUUUUUUUGAAAAUGGUUUUAGUGAGCAAAGUUUCUUUGUAUAGAGGUAGGUUCUGUAUUAUUUUAUUAAUUUGUAGUUGUCUACACAGAUAUAUACCUUAUUCUUGUAUUUUUUUUUUGUUUUAAUCAAUGAGUUUUUUUCUUUUUUA